AUGUGGUGGUCAAUGGUCGUCUUCGGAACAGCUUGCUCGCACGCUCUCAGGCACAGAACAUGUUCAUCGGUUACGGAGCUCAACAGCUGCAGUGCUCACGGCUCGGCUCAGCUCACAGGAAUGCGCUGGGCGGUUAUGAAGAGUCGGACUGACGGAUAUGUGACAGAAGAACUGGGCAGGAUUCGAAGAAGGAAGACAGGCACAGGCACAGGCACAGGCACAGCAAGGCAUUGGCUUUGCGACAUGCAGGCAUGA